AUGCCACGUCAUGGCUGCCGAGCGUCCACUGCCCUCCCCCGCAAUCCUCAAAGCAAAAGCCGCCAAAACCGAAAGAACCUGGCCAGGUUUUUGAAAGUAAGGUCUUGUAGUAGGGUUACUGUAGCGUUUCCCAUGGGAAGAAGAGAAGAUUGCCUUCUCUUUAUUCCUCACAACGUCGCAGAAUCUGUCCGAAUCCUCCUGUCGCUCGUUUGCAUAUUUUUUGAGACAUCCGGUUAGGCGAUGGAACCGGUCUCACUUCGCGUUUUUAAUUUUAAUAUUCGUCGCCCUCCCCCAAUCGAGUCCCCACCCCUGUUUGUCACCUCUGAUUCGGCCAUAAAGUCGCGGCGGCACUCUUUGAUCGCUUGGAACGUCAACGAUUUGCCGCAAAAUAAAAUUUUUAUUUCUCAUCGUCCCAUGCCCGUCCAGGCGCUCAUCUGCAUGCGGGAUUGGAGCCUGAAACCUGGCCAUAAAAAUGCCUAAUGCAAUCUUUUGUCUAAUUAUUACCAAGCCAUUGUUCGCGGCAGCUGAGUCUCGGAAUUAUAAUCUCAAUACGGCGAGAGGUGCGAAAAUUAAUUUCGCUUUCAGUACGGAGACGAUUACGGUAAUUUAACGACGUCGGGGGCUUCGGACGUCAAAACGCCAGGGAUCCGAAGGUAUUUGGGAGGUAAGUCGGAGGCUGAUAAGACUACUAAUAAGGCUGGGUGGUAUUAAAAGGGAUCAUAAAGGGUACGAUAGCUUGUAGUACUAAUAGACAAAGCUAUCCCAUUUUGUCAACAGCAAUCUUGUUGAACACGCUCUGCACUCGCUUUAUCCUCACAAAGCUUCAUAAAACAUUUUUUGACGCAAUAUUCAGAAGAAAUGAUUAUUGUGCGGGCUGAAUGGACGGAAGAAAGGAAAAGCUCUGCUGUUUGGAUAAGGUGCAAAAGUGAAUCAGAAGAGCGAAAUACCGUUUGAAUCCCCAUAAACGUCUACGGCUUUUUACGACACGUGCAAACAUUGUCUAUGAGGUGUGGAUGUGGUGGUAAACAGAUGAUAUAUGAUGGAUAAUAGGGUUUGCAUUGAUCUAAAAGAUGUGGAUAGCCUAAGUGGGUCUGUGUAAAAGGGAAACCACAUUUUUACAGCUUUUUAAAAUCCAUUUAGCUUGGUCAUUUUUUAAAGAUUUUUGACAAAAUAUUGGAAUGUAUUACGCCUAAUAUAUUACGGCAAAAAUUGGGUACCGAAAAAGAUGAAGGAAACUCCGGUUGUGAUAAGGUAUUAAUAAGCAAUUAGAGAUAAAAUUUAACGAUCCCAGAAUCCAUGUAAGGUAAUUGCCCCUCCGAAAAGAGGAGUUCUAUCUGUUGGAACGUCGAACGAAAGGGAGGGGACCCCGUGUUUCUCCUCACUCUUCCCACCCAAUGGUCUUCAAGAAGACACAGUAGACCCGGAGGCUGCUUAACCGCUCCAUAAAAAGAGUGGCGGCACGCUUUCAAGCCCGGAUUCCAAUACAAAUAUUUGUGCAAAUUUUAGUGCAGAGGGAGGAGGGAGGGGGGGCACGCGCGAAAAGUCGGCACCGAUUGAACGGUUCUUGGUACAAGCUUUAAGACGGUAUCGGCGAGAGUCUCGACCACAAAUUUGCGUAAACAAAUUGCUUUUGAAAUCAGAGACGAUAAAGGCGCACAUGAGGUAAUCCCGACCGUACUUUAAGCCGGAUUCGUGGCGGCAUUCGAUGGGAUUCGAUGCCCUGGCCCCUCUCCAAGUUCAAUAACCGAGGCCCGCAAAGGGAACCGGGAAAAGAUUAACAAAAUAUCCAUUCCGACGCUUUGACUCAAUCCACAAAUAAUGAGUCAAGCCAAACAAUAACCGAUAAAAGCAGCUGCGACUACUUUGUUUCUGAUAAUUUUGCAUGAUCCGGAAAACGAAAGCAUAUUGCACUUUAACGUCUCCAAAUGGGUGUAUAUAAUGUAGAAAAUGGCAAGCGAUUUCAAAGAUUUUGAUGCAUUAACUUUGAGAGUUAUCUUAAUUGGCUGCUGACUGUAAAGUGAGACAUAAAAAAGCAGUAAGACCGUAAAUGAGUUGAUAUUACGGGGUAAAAGAUUAAGAAUAAUCUUCCUUUUAAGGAAAUAUCAUGAUUUGAAAAAAUAUCUAAAGCAUAGACAUCAUGCAUGACAUAAGGUCCCUCCCUCCCUCGCAUAAUCAAAAUUCGCAGAAAGCGGUCGUCUGACGAGAACCUGCACUUCCGAAGGUAGUCGUUUUUCGACGAUUCACACCCUUUUCGCACUUCGACCACCCAGCAAUCGCUCAUCAUCAUCCGUCUAAAUUUGUUGUGCGAGUGCCAUAUAAAAAGUGGUGGUUGGCGGAGAGAAAACCCUACUCUUCUGCUGAUUGCAUGUAGUAAUUAACAACUGGUAGUAAUUCAGAUCUUUAUGAACUUUUCGGUCCGCCACAAAAGACUCCUUAUAAGGUGCGAUGUCGUUAAGCGCACAUUAUGGCCUGCGGCUUCUCUUCUUGCGCGCGCAUAAAUCAGCGACACGAUAGGUGACUAACCUUUGAGGUCACUUGUAUGAGAUCACAUCCAUCAACGUCCCCCUUAAUUGGCACAUUCAGAUGCGGCGCCAUCAAGGAACUCAACUUCGAGAAGAGAAGAUUUCUGGGACGGUGAGAUGGGGAUUCCGAGGUGUUUUGUUUAAGGAUUCCUGAGUUCAUAAAGUUCAAUUCUUCGGAAUUUAUGACGUAAUAUUAAUUAACUAUCGUAACACAAAAACCAUUCUGUUAGUGGAGGAUCACAUUCACUGAAUCAUGAAUUCGAACAGCUCUCAUACAUAUACUGUGAAUUCAACGUUCUCAACGCCUUGAUCCAUCAUUUAACCUUUCUUCUCACUUGUCAAAUUACUCGAAUUCCUUAAUUCGAAGCCGCCCUUGGAGAAAGGAAGUAACCUCGCUUAGGAACUCAUUCCACGCUAAUUGCGACAAAAGUGAUGGAUGGACUGGACUGGCUGCUAAUUGCUGGAAUCGGCAUCCUCUUCUCGAUCCCCAUUUGUCAUUGGGAUCUGCGCCCGUCUUUUGGUGGAACGAAACUUUUGUAAGAAUGAAGACAGUAGUAGCAGUUACACAGCAGAGUGUGUUCUUAAAGUAAAACGAGCGGAAAGACGUUCCCUAAAACACUGGUCGGUCGCUUCUCCCCUCCCGGAGGGCUUUCCUUGACACCGGUUUUAUUCCGUUAAAGGGUUUCACUUUCGAUUCGAUCCUUUAAUUAUUUGUUAAUUACAACAUAUUACUGUUGGGAGGAUACUGCAAACAACCGCUCUACUUUUACACUGAAUAGUCCCACUUUUUGUGCUCCACGUUCCCCCGGCCAUACUCCCCGAAAGGGACUAUCUUUUAAAAACGCUGACAAUUCUCUCCAGUAAUUGCUGGAACAGAUUGUUUUCAGUAGUUUAAAGUAAGGUCGGCAAUGGAGAGAAAAGAAGUCAAAGACAGGACUUUGGUGGCUUUGAUGGCCAUACUGGCCCUGCUUUCCGUAGCUGCAGUUCUUGGAUUGGCAAACUAUCUCUACGAUGGCUGGGUUUGUGCCGAAAAAAGCAUCUUGUUCAACAAUCAGGCAAGUCUAAAAGUCCAACCGCUUUGCAAGAAGUUGCUCUUCAAAGGGUUUUAUUGCAUUCCGUUCAUCUCUCCAACUUUACCAUGUUUUGCAGCCCACAGUCAGUCCGUAUCAAUCAAAGAUUCUACCGGAAAAGGUUUGUUUUUCUUUUAUCUUUGCACGCAAAACAAACAAAUAUCCUUGCGGAAUUUGUAACUGUAUCAGCGAUGACCUUGAGAUGAAUUUUAUCUACGCCCAAAAAUGACAUUGGCUCCAGGGCGUCUGCUUACCCGCAGAGUUUAAUAAAUAAUUUGCGUUAGAUUUAUGAGAGAAUCAAGGAUCGGAAAUGACGGAAGGAAUAUGAUUUAAAAAGUAAACCUUCAAAAAGAAGUUCCAAAACCUUACAUUUGAUCCCUAAAGCCCCAUUAAACACUUCCAGAACUGGCAGAUCAUUCACGUGGACAGACCUCCUUGUUGUCUUAUCCUUCCAUUAUGUGAGAAUUGUACAUUAAGAAGGAAAGGGACAGUGACAAGCGUGAUGACAAGCUCAAUAGACAUAUUCGAAUUGAUAGGAGAAGAGGGAUUCUCUUUUUGUGAUCAGAUCAGUGUGGGAAUGAGUGAUUUGGCUAGUAGUAAGUCCUUAACUACAAUAACGCAACCUUAUUUUAGAUUCAGUGGGAAUGACAAGGACCAAGAAAUCAAAGAACUUCGUAGUAUGCAAUGAAAAAAGGGUAAGUUGACACUAAGAAUCUACUAAAAUAUUAAUUAUUGAUUUUUAGAUCGUUACAUCGAUCAAUACGCCCACAGAAACCUUGGAAACCUAUUGCUCAGAGUAA